ACACGUCCAUAGACCAAAAAAAAUAGGAGACCUGUUCAGACACCUGCUUUGCUUUCUUGAUCACUAGCGGAGCUAACGAAAACAUUCCAAUUUGCAAUGGGACACUACAGUGGAUGGAUUGUUUCGGUGUUGAUAAGGAUUCAACAUUUGAUAUCGCGUUGGGCGUAAAUGGGGGGCACUGAGCACAACAUUUGCAGGCGGACAUCAGCGGCAUGCAUCUCUUUGGCAAAGAAAGUUUCGAGCGCAAUGCAAAUCUUUGACAUUGACUGGUGUUUACACGUACAACCACCCGGUCUUGACUUGGAAGGCUACCGGAGAGAUACGAUGCUGUUUUAAUUUUAUAGUGGCCACGGUGUCGAAACUGUCUGUAAACGGAAUGAAAAUAAGCACAAGAGAGCGCGUCGUGCUGAACUGUAACGAGUUAUUGUUGUUGUGUGUUGAAAUUUGACGAAAGGACAGGACCUACCGAAGCAAACAUUUCACGAGGAAACAAUUGUAGACGUUGUUUAACGAACUUGAUAUGUGCAUGAAUGACAAAACUUACCUGCUUUGUUUGAAGAAAUUGAUACAUUGUCUGAAUAAGGAUACAAUGUGACACUGCAAUCUAUAGCCUACUUUCCUGCCUAAAACUGAGCCAUCCAUCCGCCCUACAGUUCUCAAUUGUCUGACGUUGUUUUGUUCAGUGAGAGAGCCAUGGAAGAAGAGGGCGACCAAGUCGAAAAUAUCUCUGACGUCGAGCAAUCCCACCAUGAAUCCGCCUCUGAAAACGGAGUCAUGUUGGUUGUCAACCACAGUAACAUUCAGCCCCCAUUCAGCGUGGUGUUAGCCACAUUGUUGUAUUGUGCUGAGUUCGUCUGCGCAGCGGUGCUUUGCAACGUUUACCACAAGAGCGAUGACGACAUCUGGAUGGGGUCAACCAUCACCUUCAUGUUGGUGCCCGCUGUAUUGACUCAGUUGGCGCUGACAUUCAUUCAUAGAGACUUAGGAAGAGACCGCCCCUUUGUUCUCUUCUUGCAUCUACUACUCCUGGGCCCACUCAUUAGGUGUUUCGAGGCUCUGGUGGUUUACUUCAAAGCGGGUAAAGAGGAGGAGCCGUAUGUGACCAUCUCUAGGAAGAUCAAGCUGAAGAAGGACCAGGCCACGCCCAUGGAGUGGGAGAUCGGCCACUCGGAGCGCAAGCUGGCCACCCAUCGGAACGCCUUCAAACGCACCGCCGUCAUCCAGGCCUUCCUGGGAUCCACCCCCCAGCUCACCCUGCAGCUGUACGCCAACAUCCAGGAGAAGUACUUCCUCCCUAUCAGACUGACUUUGAUGGUCAUCUGCCUCUUCUCCAUCACCUACGGGGCCCUGGUGUGCAGCGUGUUGGCCAUCAACAUCCGCUACGACGACUACAAGGUGCGGCUGCGCCCAGCCGCCUACCUCUGCAUGAUCCUGUGGCGGGGCCUGGAGAUCGCCACGCGUGUCACCUCCCUGGUGUUGUUCAGCUCCGCGCUCACCUAUUGGGUGAUCCUCGUGGGCCUGGGCAACCUGCUAUUCUUCUUCCUGCAGCCCUGGGCCGAGUUUUGGGCUCGACGCGCCUCGCUGCCCGACAACGUGGAGAAGAACUUCAGCAAGCUGGGCACUACGGUGGUGCUGUCGCUGGUCACCUUCCUGUACGCCUGCAUCAACGUCUUCUGCUGGUCGGCCGUGCAGCUAGACCUGGGCCACCGCGACCUCAUCGAGAUGAAGCAGCACUGGGGCCGCCUGGCCGCAUACUACGGCGGACGCUUCCUGGAGAACAGCGCGCUCAUCGCCCUCUGGUACUUCUACAAGUCAGACUUCUACUCGUACGUGUGCGCCCCGCUGCUGGUGGCCCAGCUGCUCAUCUGCUACAGCCUGGCCGUGCUCUUCAUGCUACUCUUCUACCAGUUCUGCCACCCGUGUCGGCGCCUCUUCAGGCACAAUGUGCACGACUGCCUGGCCUGCGUCUGCUGCUGUCGGAGGGGUGUGGGGAGAGCGGGGGAGGGGCAUCCCCACUCCUAUUCUACCACUGCCACCAUGGUGCUGGUACCGCUGGAGCCGCCAGACCUGCAACCCCCUGACCUCACCAGCCAGCUGGGGGAGCACGAGACGGCAAUCGUUGAAGACACGGAAGCGGCUUGAGAAGGCCCCACAUGGUGAUUUGAUGAUAUGGGGCCACUGCUUGGUGCAGCUACUGAACUAAUGGCUAUGUACACUCAGGACUGUUAUACUGUGAGUGGUGCAGAUUAGGAGAUGGACAGAGCAGCUCAUUCUGUACUGCGGUGCACAGAGGACAAGUUGGUCUCAAGUGGUUAGCUAAGCGCAUUUCAAAUUGGUGCCAUGAUUUUAUCAAUGCUUCUCGUUUUAGAAUAACACGGGCACGCAGAGUCUUGGACUUAAAAAGAUAAGCCAUGAUAUAGACAAUGUUACAUCACUGUUGUUAAAUGGGUUACUGACGAGUGCACCGUUUGUACUGAACAUCUACUGUACAAGUAGAGAGACAGUGGGUCAAGGGAGUCCAAAGAAUGUACUCUGUUAAGAUAUGCCGGUGUGAUGCACAAAGGCAGCCUUGAGAGAGCAGCACAGGGUCAGAUACAGUGGGGCCAGGUGUGUGGGAAGCAUGCCAAGUGUCUCCGGCCCUAGAGGACUGACUUGCCCUUUAAACUGGGACUUCCCCUGCUUACGUUCUCGGGGGUUUACUUAAUGAACAAACUCCAGAUGUUGCAUUAGGGCCCUUUUUCAUCUGCACGCCCAUAUGUAAGAUGGGGGAAAUAAAAGGUUAGAUGAAAUCCGAGCUACCUUCCUCAUACCCCACUCCACCCACUGUAAUGAAUGGUUUGUAUUAUACUGAACAAAAAUGUAAACGCAAUGAGUUUA